AUGCAGCAGGCUUUAGAACGAGCUCUGGACCGUGCGGAGUAUGUCAUUGCCAGUGCCCAGCAGAGGCCUCCUAAAAGGAAAGGCUCAGCGAGUGGGGGCGCAUCUCUGGAUGAAAAACUUUAUGACCUGUAUGUGGAAGAAUGCGGGAAGGAGCCUGAGGCUACGGAGGAAUUAAGAAGCAACGUGAACUUGUUGGAGAAGCUCCUGAGGAGAGAGUCGUUGCCGUGCUUAGUGGUCAACCUAUACCCAGGAAAGGAGGGAUAUUCGCUGAUGCUCGAGGGCGAAAAUGGAUCCUAUUCGGAGACCAUUCGACCGCCUUACGAAGAAGGGGAGUUGCUCGAAUACUUGGAUGCUGAACAAUUACCUCCUGCUCUGGUGGAUCUCCUGGAAAAAUCUCAGGUUAACUUUUUUCACUCUGGGUGUGUCAUAGCCCAGGUACGGGACUACCGGCAGUGCAGUCGGGAACCUCCCGGCUACACGAGCAGGCAUGUUCUCCUGCGGCCAACGAUGCAGACGUUAGCCUGCGACGUGCAGUCCAUGACCAGCGAUGACCAGACCUGGACCCAGGAAGACAGGCUUUUGCUGGAGAGCCAGCUGAUCUUAGCCACGGCCGAACCGCUGUGUCUUGAUCCUUCUGUAUCAGUAGCCUGCACUGCAAACAGGCUGCUCUAUAACAAGCAAAAGAUGAACACUGGCCCCAUGAAAAGGAGCUUCAAGAGGUAUUCUGCACCCUCCCUGAACCGGCAGCAGGAGCUGUCUCAUCGUCCACCUCCUCCUGAGCUGAGAGCAUGGGCCUCUUGCAAGAAAAGCAGAGAAAGGCAAGCAGGUCCGCAGCACGACCUCAAAAUUUCUAAAGCGGGGAACUGCGUCGAUAUGUGGAAACAGAGACCCUGUGACUUGGCCGUACCUUCCGGAGUGGACGUGCAGAAAUACGCCAGGGGGAAGAAGUCCGCCAGAUACGAUGGCUCGCCACCGACGGCCUGGCCAGCCCACAAGGUAGAAGGUGAUUCCGUAUUGGGCUAUGAAGCUGGCGGUGAGUCUCAGACAGCGCAGCUGACUUCCGUGCAGCCGCCGAAUGACCCACCUUUGUCUGGAAGAAGAAGGCCCUGCAAAGAAGCCAGACGUGAGGGACAGGGGUCUCCUCCGCACUCCUCCACAGACGACCAUCCAGACAGUGUCCGGCCUGGCUCAAAGAUGGAUGCUGGGACGGAAGCCAUUCGGUCAGCUGUCUUGGUCCAGCGCAAGGCCAAGUGUCCCGCCACCGCGUCACACGGCUCCAGUGGCCCAGCCAGCCUCAGCCAGCCGCCUCCCGGGAAGGAAACAGCACAGCCUGAGACGGUGUCGGUUUGGUCUUCAGUCCUGGGAAAGGGAGUCAGCCAUCCACCUCUACGCUUCAGACUUUCCUGGAGCUCAGGAGGGACUCGGUCAGGCAACAGUUUCACCCCAGUGGAGGCAAGCGGCUUCUUUAAAUCUCCGGCUCCUGCUCCUGCUCCCGCUCCUGCUCCUCAGCCCCCGAGUCUUUCCCAGAAUUCGUCUGUGGACGUGACUCAAGUUAGCAUGCUUCCCGCGGCCACCCUACCCACUACCGGCUCAUCACAAAGAAGCCUGGCCACCCAGGUCACGGCCCGCUCCCCUGGCCCCAACAUCAUCCAGCUGGCGGGCCCGGUCUGUGGAGCCCAGGCUUUGGCGAGGGGUUCCAGCCCCGGGCAGGGCUCUACCGCUGGGGCCACAGAUCCUGCGGGAAUCCAGCCCGGCAGCCUGCCCUCGGGAGCUCGGCCACCAAAUGCAGUGCGCACUGCAGCACAGGCUGCGUCUCCAGUCCGCGUUCAGUUUUUUUUAAAAAAUGCUUCAGGCCUCAAGCCGGUGACUCUGCUGGAGCUUCCGCAAGGUUCGCCCCCUUUGAACGCCCAGCAGCAGCCAGAGCAGCGGCUCUAUCAGUUGAUUCCACAAGCACAACUUCAGCAAGCCUCCGCUUCUGGUCCUUGGCAGCCAGUGCCACGGGGUCCCGGUGCCCGAGGCCCAGCCCCUCCAGAGACGGCCUCACCUGCUCAGCAGGCCGUUGUCCUGAACCUCCUGGGACAGGGCCGGGGCCGGGGCCGGGAGAACCAGGGAAGAGCCCGGCCGAGCGGCCCUCGGCACACGCUGCAGCUGUCCCCUGCCUCGCAGCCGUGGCCACAGCAGCAGGCGCAACAGCAUAGAAUCUUGCAGCACCCGGUGGCCGUGACAACCGUAGCCACCCAGACGGCUCAGCCUUCUUGGGGCCAGCGGGCCGCAAGCCAGUCCGAAGGUAAAAAGAACAGAGGCCCGCCUUCCCCUCCCAGAUCCUGA